GCAGGCGGCCUGUCAUCCAUCGCUAAACGACUCCCUAAUCGCAUCACCCAGAAGAACACACAAAAUUCCCAAUUUCUUAGAGUAAGAAAUUCCCAUUGUUUGCUUUUUUAUUUUGUUUUGCCCCAAUCUUUGUCUAUCCAUGGAGGUGCCAAGUUCAUGGGACGCCCUUCGCAAACAGGCGAGAAAACUUGAAGCUCAGUUGGAUGAGCAAAUGAAUUCUUAUCGUAAAUUGGUUUCUGCUAAAGCUUCUUCAAAAGCUGAUAAUGCAGAGAGUGACAUGGAGUCUUGGAUUGAGCGGUUACUAAAACAACUCCAACAAGUGAACUCACAGAUGCAAGCUUGGGUAUCAUCUGGUGGGUCAGAAAUGGUUUCUCAUACUUUGACAAGGCACCAAGAAAUUCUUCAAGAUCUCACCCAGGAGUUUUAUCGUCUACGAUCUAGUCUCAGAGCUAAGCAGGAACAUGCUUCACUCCUUGAUGAUUUUAAAGAGUUUGAUCGGACAAGAUUGGACUUAGAAGAGGGUGGAGGUUCUGCUGAGCAAGCACUACUAAGGGAGCAUGCUUCUAUCAGCAGAAGUACAGGACAGAUAGACAAUGUUAUUUCACAAGCACAAGCAACAUUUGGUGCACUUGUCACCCAGCGUUCAACUUUUGGAGGAAUCAAUUCAAAGCUCAGUAAUGUCAGCGGUCGCCUUCCAACGGUGAAUAACAUUCUGUCGGCGAUAAAGCGAAAGAAGUCGAUGGAUACAAUCAUACUUUCCCUUGUUGCAUCAGUAUGCACAUUUCUCAUUUUAAUCUACUGGUUGACCAAAUGAAAGUGUUGUUCUUUUGGUGGUUUCUUGUGUAUGUUGUAACUGUUGGAAAUUCACCUGAUCGCUUGGGAUUAAUCGUUUGUAUUAUCUUUUUGCUCACAAUUUUUUUUUUUUGUUAGUAGUGUUUUGUUGAUCAACCCUGUAGCUGAAAGUGUAAUGGUCUGUAGAGGUGGAAGGGUUACUCAUGCCAAAAGAUUCAAAAAGAUAUACAAAUUUGUUAGUAUUCUUUGAAAUU